GUUUAUGUAAUUCCACAACAAGGUUCAUCAUCGUCAACAUCAGAUGGUAUCGUCAAAGUAUUUGAUAAGGCUAAUGACUAUCAAAAGGGAAGUUCGGAUGAAUUCCCAUUAAUAACAGUUGUCUUACUUGAUGAAAUUAGACCAAAAUUCAAGCAAAGUGAUUACAUUGACACUGCAAAACAGUUAUUAGAAAAAAAUAAAUUGAAAACUUGGAAUGAUAUUCAGGAUAAAAAUGCCCGCCAUUUAAUGAUUAUAGGCAAGAGUGAUUCUAUAGUUAAUAUUUUAACAUAUAAAUUGAGGCUAUGGGGUAAAGAAUUUUCAGAAAAAAACCCUAAAUCUGAUCAAAUCAAUACUUGGGAUCUGGAUCCGGUUAUAAUAUAUGGAAGUCAAUUUCCUGAUGAUUUCGAUGGAGAUUAUCAAUAUGGCAUACUAAAUCGUAUUAUG